AUGAAAAUGAAGGAUUGGCAAGAUGGCGUGCAGCGAUUGGAGAAAGAGAUUUGGGUAAGGCCUAUUGGCCAAUGUAACUGCAUACUGACAGCUAGUAGGCGUCGAGGCAAAAAAUAGGCAGGAGGCGGAACUUCAAAUGUGAUAGGCAAGACUGUGGCGGAGCGGUGUGGAGGGGUGUAAUUUGCAUAUGACUGACAUGACUGUUACUCAAUCCGCAACCAGUAAGUGCUGCCCUAUGUCUAAUAAGGCGGGGCAAACAGCUAGACGAGGGAUAGCGGUCUUUGGCGCAAAUCCAAAGCGAGCCAAUAGUAGCGAAGCGUUGCGGGUGGGGGUGGACACCGGGUCGUGAAAGGCAGGAGGACAGUCCAAUAAAAGUGGAGAGACAAGAGACGCUGAUUCUGGAAGCCAUUACGCCACUGCCGCAGACUAGAGGCCCUCUUUGGUGUGGGAUUCGACCGGUAGUUGGGGUACGCAAUUUGCGUAUUAUUAUUUUUGUGUGUUUUUUUAAAAAGUAUUUAUAAUUUUGGGAAAUAUAAAUGGGGAGCGAGGAAGGGGCUCCCCUGAGGGCACUUAGGGCUCCAGCCUCGCCUGAGGCCGGCGGGGCAGUUAUCCAGGAUCCCCACCCUCCUCCUAGGCGUUGGGCCUUUCCUGGGUUCCCCUCAGCGCCCUCUGGCGCUCUUUGCCGCCGCCUCCCUCAACCUUCCCCUCACACCCAUCUUCUCCUUUAUCCUGUGCUGGGUUUAUCUCAGCAAACUCCCUUCCACGGAAUCAUAGCAUCGUAGAGUUGGGAGGGAUCCCAGGGGUCAUCUAGUCCAGCCCGCUGCGAUACAGGAAUCUCGACUAAAGCAUCCCUGACAUAUUGCCAUCCAUCAGGGGAAUCUCCCCCCCUCAUUCUCCAUUAGAAAUAUUUAAUUAUCAUUUAUUUGUUAAAUUAUUUAUUAAACCCUUCACCCAAAGAUCGCAGUGUGGUUCACACCCGCCCGCACAUAUCUUGAAGGUUGGAAGUUUCAUAUCAUUCUUCCUUCCUCCCUCUCCUCGGAAACCACAAACUUCCAAGCGAAAUCAUGUUUAAUUUACCCUCUUCCUUUUUCUCUCUCCCCCACCCCCACGUCAUCCUUUUUCCCCUUCCUCUUAAAUUUAUAACUAAUUCUUUUUCUUCUCCUCCCUUCCCUCAAGAAAUCACACUGGCAUUUUAAAACUAUGUUUUCGUUCCUCCUGCCCAGUAUACUCUUGGGUGUCCAGUAUGAGUAAUGUGUGGAGUAACCCCAUUGAAAUCAAUGGGCACAGGCAAGGCGUAGUUGGAUACAGCCUCUGGAUUUGUUUUUUCCUUCCUCAGAAACUGUUAUUUGUUUCCUCCCUUCCUCUUCUGCUCCCAUAAAUUAAACAAAUAUAGGCAGGUCUCUGCUUAUGCUGGAGGUUACAAUCCAGAGGGGUAGCACGUAAAGCCAAAAUAGUGUAUAGUCAAAACACAUUGGGUGCAAUGGCAGGUAGGAUUGCCAAAUGUUCUUUUACUGGACUCCCACCCUUUAAAAAAAUAAUUGUCAAGUGUGUACAGCUGGGGGGGGGAUUGCCAAGUGUGUACAGCCGAAUACGCGUAAGUUAAAUACUUGCUAGUUGUGAGUUAUGUGCAUGCAUUAUAUUUCAGGGUUUUUUUACUGAAAUUACAGUGCGAUGUAAUGAAAUUUCAGUUUUCACUUCUCUUGUGAUAGGAAACUCCUUUUUUGUAAUUAUUUUGAUUAGCACCAUUGACCCUAAAAAUUACUGAUUUUUUUUAAUGGUACAAUACCAUUCAUGUUUACUCAGAGGUAAGCCCUAUUUAUUUCAGUGGGGCUUACUGCAGGGUGAGUCUAGAACUGAACUGCAGCCUUAAUUUCAGGACUGCACCAUCCCAAUCUUACUUACUCAGAAGUUAGUCCCAUUGUACUCAGUGGGACUUCCCAUAUAUGUGUGCAUAAAAUCACAGUCUUAAUAAAACAGUCACACAUAUCCCUUUCAUCUGCCUCCUGCCAUUUUUAAAUAGUAAAUCCACCACCCCAUCAUCGUGCAUACAGGACACCUGGCUCUUCGAAACCAAUAAUGCAUACUGUUCCCACUUGCUUUCUGUAUUUUAGACCAGCAGACUCCCUCUCCCCAGAAAAACCCUUUUGAAACUGAUCUUCAAAAAAUUGCCAUAUAAAUCUAAUAAUAAACUGCAUUGACCAAGAUAAAGUAACAUCUUCCUGCCCAGUCUUUGCAAUUUAUGGCUUUGAACAUACUGAUAAUUUAUAAGUGUAUCUCUUGAAGAUAAUGCUGCCUCCUGGUACAGAAAAAGCCAAACUUUAGUCCUUCAAGGAGACCCUGCUGGGUGUCCUCUGCUGAAUUGGAUUUGGUAACAAUGCAAAAGGACACCUACUUGGUGACAGCACUCACCCUCUGGAAUGCCCUCCCUCAAGAAAUUUGUGGAGAGAUGAUCAAUGACCUUUAAGUGCUUCUCAGUAAUUUCCAGGGUUACCCCAGCUUUCUUGGUACGUUUGACUGGUUGUGUGUGUGUGUGUGUGUGUGUGUACUAUGUUUUAUUUGUAUUAAAGAGUUGUGUUUUGUUUUGAUCUCAUUACAUCAGGUUUUAGGAAAUUUUAUUGAAUUUUUAAAUUGUUUUCAUGUAAACUGGUUAUAGAGGUUUUUAUUAUACUAACCACUUUUGUCACAAGGAAUAACCUUGCUUCUCAACUUUUUCUAGAGUUUAGUUGUUUACUGCAGCCAGAUCUGUGUCCUUGGCAGCUGCAUUUCAACCUUCCCAGACAUCCUGAUAUCCUGUUUUGUCUCUGGACUUCACCCAGGCCCACAGCACCCAGUUUGCUUUGGGACUUGA